UUUUUUUUUUUUUCCGAACAAUCCCACGAAUAAUUCCAGUCUUGAUCUCAGUUCACUAUGGCGGACGCUGAGAAUGGGAGUGGCGGCAAAGUGCCACUCAAACGAGUGUGGUACCGCACCUCCCUUUUCAAUGCCUGCGUGAUUGGUGCUGUUGGCUUUCUCGCCCCCGGGCUAUGGAACGCCAUGAACUCCCUGGGAGCCGGAGGCGAAGAGAAACCUUUUCUGGUGAAUGCCGCCAACGCACUGGUUUUCGGGCUCAUGGGCAUUUUCUGCAUAUUCGGCGCGCCUAUCGCCAACCGGAUCGGACUGAAAUGGGCCCUUCUCCUCGGCGCCGCCGGCUACCCCGUCUACGCAGCCGGUCUCUACACGAACAACCGGUUCGGCAACGUCUGGCUAGUUCUGGUCGGCGCUGUUGCAUGCGGCAUUUCGGCCGGUCUCUUCUGGGCUAGUGAAGGCGCCAUCGCAAUCGGAUACCCUGAGCCAUCGAAACGAGCCCGAUACCUCAACAUCUGGGUCUGGUGGCGCACCCUCGGACCCAUCAUCGGGAAUUCGAUUGUCCUGGCCCUCAACAUUAAGAACAAAGACAAAGGAAGCGUGGGAUACUCCACGUACAUUGUCUUCAUCGUCCUACAAUGUCUCGCCAUCCCCGUCGCUUUGCUCCUCACCCCGCCCAACAAAGUCCAACGUGCCGAUGGCUCCCCGGUCAUCCUUCGGGUCGAGGACUCUUGGAAAGCGGAAUUCCAAGCCCUCUGGAAAACAUGCAAAAACCGCACCGUCAUCCUUCUUCUCCCUGUCUUCUGGGCCGUCUACUUCAAUGAGUACUCGAGUAACUUCGAAACGUACUAUUUUGGGGUCCGGGCUCGUGCGCUCAUCGCUUUCCUCUCCGACUGGGUCACCAUCCUUGCUUCGCAGAUCAUUUCUCACUGGCUCGAUUGGAAGCGUGUCGACGCUAAGAAACGUCUCACGUACGGCUGGUAUUGGGUCAUCAUUGUGCAUGUGACGGCGUGGAUUCUUGGCUGGGUUGUGCAGGAGCAAUAUACAUCAGCCCAUAAAAAGAACCCUGAUUUGGGGACGAUGGAUUACACUAGUCCGGGGUUCACUAAGGGCGCGUUUGUCCUCUUCAUGUGGACGUUUGCGCAGCAGACGGGCCAGAAUUGGUUGUAUUAUUUGGUGGGAAGCAUGACGGAUAAUAUCGCCGAGUUGACCAGGUUGACGGGUGUGUUGCGCGGUCAGGAGAGUUUUGGUGAGGCGAUUUCUUAUGGAUUAAAUACGAGGGAUUGGUAUGGUGGACGGGUGCCGAUGGCUGUGAAUACUAUUUUGCUGGGGUUGUGUGUUAUUCCGACAUGGAUUGUUGUGAAGAAACAUGACAUGGCAUCCAUAGGCGAAAGGGAGUUGGAGGUGGAUCAACGCCCAGUUGUGGAUGAGAAGGGGGUGGUUGAUUUGGAGGUGAAGGAAACGGGAGUUCAUUGAUCUUAUUGAUAGCAGAUCAGAUUAGAUGAGCAGAAUGUCCUUGAGUAUAC